AUGCUUGCCGCUCAGCAACCUAGCAUGGGUUCGUCGAAGCCGCCGAAUCUUGAGAUGCCGUUUGGCUACUAUUUUGACGAUACUGGCCUUAAUUACCCAUUUCCAUCGCCACCUAAUCUAGCACCAGGACCAUCACUUUUGGACGAUAAUGAGUCAAAGAUACUCGACAGCUUUUUUGAUGGCGUGAGCUCAGAUCAAUUCAAUCUCGAGCUAUUCAACCUCGAUAAUGCAUCAGAAAUAGGAAUGGUUUUGGAUGAAUUUCCGCCGAUGUUUAUGGGGAAUUCAUCUUAUGGUCAUCAAUCACAGAUUGGGCUCCAUAAUGGCGUUACCGGAAUGAACUACGGGUCUAUUAAUACACAACUCAACCCCAACAUUUCCAAUGUACCACCAGCUUCUCUAGAAGUCUUGCAGGCGGCAGCACUAUUGCAGAAUGUACCACAUGGGCGGCGUCCGAACACAGUUGAGGUACCUCGUCGGAAUCAAGAAGCACAGUUCUUGCCUACAAGCGAACCUAUGAGAGCAGGAGCAAAUACACAGUCUGUGUCACGAAUUCAACCCAUAUUCCAACCCCGAUCUCAUGGAGGUAAUUUCAUCAACGGUCCAGUACAUUCGGGUGUUUUAUUCAGUGAGCACCUGGAUGAGAUAGCGUGCAAUCAACAUACGAAUCAAGGUUCUGAUAUACAAUGGGGAUCAGAUGCUAAUUUUGCAUCCCAAGGAUUUAUACCGCAUUGCCAACAAAACCUCCCAGUAUCCGAGGCUUACCAGUUACAUGGUGUGGAGGCUAAUCUAACUAAUCCUCAAAAUCAAAGUUGUGAUAUGGCAACUCUGAUGCCGAUUGUAACGGUCCCCAAAACUUCGCAGCAAAUAUUCAACUCUUUAAUUCAAAAACAUACUGAUAAUAUACGAGAUUUUGAAUCAAACACGAAGAGAAGUAUUGAAGUCAAGGAGAUAAAUGAAGAUGAUGUUCAAUUAAACUCUCCAACAAACAAUAAUUCUGCAAAGAAAAGGAAGAUUAGUAACAAAGAUCUAGUCGAUUUUUCUACACUCGAAUAUGAAGCAAGUCAGAAGCGAAGAAGAUCAACGGUCGGCGCAAUAGCCAAGCCAACUCGAGAAAACUUAACGGAAGAACAGAAAAGAGAAAAUCAUAUCAAAAGCGAGCAAAAGAGACGAACACUUAUUCGUGAGGGCUUUGAAGAUCUUAACGACCUAGUACCAGGACUUCAGGGUGGGGGCUUUAGCAAAAGUGCCGUCUUAGCCCAGGCUGCAGAUUGGUUGGAAGAAUUGGUUCAGGGAAAUAAAAUACUACAGGCAAGAAUAGAUGCAAUUGAAAGAAAUAUUUAA